AGCUGCCGCCUAAUCCCAAACUUUCCCACAUUUGACAAUGUCCAGUAAUUCUACAACCACUUCUUGUAUGGAUUGAAUCUCGUUGAAAGAAAGAAUUUGGACCAUUGUGAUUUUGUAGAUUCUUUUUGGAGAUACCAGACUUCUUCAUCUACUUCUAGAAGAGUAAUAUUUUUAUUGGUGGAGAUUACCUUCGUACAAGAUGAACACCUACUAACUCUAACUCCUGUUGAAAAAAACAAAUCAGAAAAGAUGCCAACCUCAUCCACAUCGCGUCCAGGAAGCCCUCAUCCGAGGAAGAAUGCCACGACUACACCAGCACGUACGACCUCCACCACUCACACAAUACCUUCAUCGUUGUACAAUACUCCCGCACAAAGUCCUCCUAAUACAACGACCUCGACGUCUCUAUCGGGUAGCAGGAGGACACUGACAAGUACAACGAAACUACGUAGUUCUACAACGGGGGUAGGAGGAGGGACGCCAGCUGCAACCACUACAUCUACAACGGGAGAUCGUGGACCAGGGAUUACGAGUUCUUCCAGUUCGUCAGGUAGUACAACUACAGGAGCAGCUCCUGCUUCUAGUAUCGUAACGAGUGGUGGAAGCAGAUCAACCAGUGGUGUAGCCACAGUUUCAGGGUCGAGAACAGUUCUAGCUCCUGUAGCUUCUACUGGCUCCAGCUCCUCGACGAGUGGUUCAUCAUCAUCUUCUAGUACAACUGUUGAAAGUCAAGUAGAUGAUCAGAAGGCGAACAACUUCAAGCUACGAUUAGCUGGAGAAGCACUAGAAGAUUUGUCCGCGUCCUCUACAAGCAUAGGCACAGCCAGAAGCACCACAACUACUACAGCAACAUCUUCGAAAGCGACUGUUUUAUUGGCCUCAACUACAAGAUCGACAACGGAUGGCGUGCCUGCGUCUGCGAGGUCUGGAGGCGGUGCUGGCAGUAAGAACGUUUCUGAUAGUACUGCUGGCCCUAGCACGACAUCGGGUUCUUCGACGACAACAUCGUCGACAAGUAGGAGAUCCUCCAAUCAUGCGGAUACAAUCACAACAAGUGGAACUGUGGCCUCAAACAGGAGUAGCUCUUCAAGCUCUUCCUCCUUGGCGGCUGACAAGAACAAGACUUCUAGUUCCUCUUCAACUUCAUCUUCGUCAAAGGGUGUGUCUGGACGUGGAUUUUUCGAAAAACUGUACUUUGAUAAACGCUACAACCACGAAGUCACGACAGAAUGGAUUGGACUAUUCUACACACAAGACGCCGUUUACGAAACCCCAUUUGUCUCGGUGCAAGGAUGCAACAGGUUGGCAGCGCAUUUCCAGUUUUUGAGGCUGUUCUUGGCGGAAGCGGUGAUGGAGGUACUGUUCUAGUAGUACUUUGUGAUAAAUAUUACAGAGUAGUUUCAUGCUGCUACUGCUUCUUCUUGUUCAUUUUGUCCAUGUUUAGCUCCAGCUUCUCGUUCAGUAUGUCAAAGAUUAGGAUGUCAUCCCUUGAAGUAGCAGCCAUCGACAUUUUCACAACUCACAGAAACCAUUUACAUCACCCCCUACAAACACCAGCCGUUAAGCACGUCACAGCAAGCCACGUUGAUCCAACGAGACGCCCUUUUUCGUUGCAAACUGCGUCUACUUCCGUCUGCCCUAGGAUCUUUCUCCUUGAGGAUGCGGAGCACGCUGCAACUAGAUCCUGCAAGUAAGAAGAUUCGUCUUCAUCGGGAUGAAUGGUCACUCGGAGCAGCCUUGCGCAGUUUGCCAGUAUUGACGUAUCGGCAGAAGGCGUUGGUGAUGCAGAAGCAGGUGAGGGACAGGUUCGUGGAGAGGAUGGCAAAGUGGCGGGAAGAAGUAAGGAACGGGAGAACGAAAUUGUUGAGCAGUGGUUUGGAAGUGCGCAGGCUUUGUGUGGAGAAAACAAAAUCAGUGGCGUUUCGCGUAGGAGGAAAAGUCACAGCAGUAGGACACGGUUGUCGAAACUGUGUGUUUUUUCCUGUCGAUUACAUAAUCUCUACCAAGCACGAGGACUACUUUGCCGAACUGAGACUGGUGAAAGCCGUUGGAGAACGCCUUGAUAGAAGUAGUGUACCUCAGAAAGUUCGGUCUAUGCGGACAACAGCUUCUCGCAACUACACAUCGUACAAGAAGCAAGCACGCGCGUUUGUGGUUGACGAUGUCCCGCGAUUCGCGCGACACUUUGCUGGAAUAGUAGUCUUCUGCAUCAUGCAGGUGUUUGUGGUCAUUGCACGGGUCGUGGAGUUUGGAACGGUUUUCGAACAAGAUGACACAACUUCUAGUUCCUCCAACAAGAUGUCUUCUUCAAAGACAACUCUUUUGGAACAGUCUUCAACAAUAUCUAUUGUUGGAGCAGGAGACACCCCGAAUUUGCCACCUGGAGUAACAUCCACUACGAUACUAAUACCUCCCACUGCUAGCUCCAGAUGUGGUCGCCUUACCCUGAAGAUCAAAACAGCCGCCUCAAGCAUGGGGAAAGCCUUCGCUGUUUGCAAAAAUGUCCUAUUUGCAGUGGUCGAACUACUGCUUUGUGGAUUCAAGUGGAGCAUCGCCACUGUUCGGACACGAACACGCCAACUCCUCUCGACGUUUGCACGAGCAGAAACGACGUUAAUUCUUGUGUCAAAAUGUUGGUCCUCUAGAAGGAUUUUGACGAUUGUCUUCCCUUGCUGGAGAUGGAGGUGGAGCAGCAAAAAAACAUCUACUUCGAGUAAUAGCCAAGGUGGCCAAGCAGGAGAUGAAGAUACCCAAGAACAAGGACAAGGAUUGUUUUCCUCCUCCGAACACGGAAACUCUUCAAAAAGUAGUUCACAUACUACGACAUCUUCCACAACUACUACUAUAUUGAAUGGACACCAAGAACAUCUUGCAGGAGAUCCAACUACGAAAAUGUACAGGAAGUCUCUCAAGAUAGAAGCAGCAACAUUGGAGCUUUUGGAUGACGAUGACGUGGCUCCGGAAGAAACGACUAGAAGUACUAGAGGAGAACCUGAAGAAACAAGUGUUACUAGUGUAGGGGAAUAGAAUUGAGUUGCAGAAGAUUCUUUAUUGACAGGGGAUUUGAUUCGAGACAACAAGGUCAACGUCAACACUGUAGAAAGUAUUUACUUGUUGCAAAUGCACGACCAAAUGACUCAACACCUGAGUGAUAGAAAAUUUUGAUUUUUCAGAUGAAACUGUAAAUGUAUAUGAGACGACCGACGCUGAGUGCAUAUGAUUACCAGAAUAUACUGACUACAUCUUCACUAUCAUUUUUUGUAGUUGUUUUUUUUUCUUUUCUUGAGGUCGAAAGCGACAUGAUAAAGAGACUGAAUCAUAAUCUUUCUGACUGUGAUGUAUUCGCGCCGUCCGUCCGUCUGAUACAAUACUAAAAAUUUCCUUCUCGUUAUGGUUAUGAAUCAACCUCGAAUUCGAAGCACCAAGAAAAAGACUAGUGAUUUAUAGUCUCGCGACAACACCACAAAUUUACGACAACUGAUGUCGUGUCG